AAUAAGUGGAUUGGGCCUUACACCCAAAAGAGGGGUUUACUCUGAAUCUGGCAAGUGGGGUUACCUGUAGAGAGAUAGCGACCACCUCGCAAGCUUCGUCUUCACAGCCAUUCUCUUGCCCUAGAUUUCGAGCGAGCGGGAGAUUUCUAGAUUGAGAGCAGCUUCGAGCUUCUCCCAGUUCGUCCUUUUCUCUUCCUUCUCCAAUCUUCCUUACCACGGAUUUUUGGCGUUGGAGUUAUGGACUUUGAUGAGUAUGAGUACUUAGAGAAGACCGUUGAGAAUCCUCACCUGGAGAACAACGAAGUCGAAAAUGGUGGGGGUGAUGAGAAACCCAAAUCUGAAGUGAAAGAGCGGAGUAGAAGCUCAAGGCAUAGGAAUGAUGAAGACGAAGAUGGUCGGCGUUCUAAGCGCUCGAGGUCGCACCACCGCUCACGAUCUAGAGACAGAGAGAGGGAUAGGCAUAGAAGUAGCCGGGACCACAGAGACAGAGAGAGAGGUGGCAGAGACCGUGAGAAGGAUAGAGAUAAAGAAGAAAGGAACGGUAGAGAGAGAGAAGGGGGCAAAGACAAGGAUCGCGACGGUAAAGUGCGUGACCAUGAAAAAGAUCGAGAGAGAGACCGAUCACGUCGAAGCAGAAGUCGAUCUGAGAGACGUCGGAGUCAGGAAAGAGAAAAGAGUCAGGAAAUAGAAACUAAGGAAAGAGACACCAAGGACCGUGAUAGAGAUCGCAGGUUCAUACUGCUAUUAGGUUCAUUGGUAUUGCCUUCUGUACAACUUGAUGAGGCUCUUCCAUGCAGGGCCAUCUCGUUCUUCACACGCCAUAAAGAUAAAAAAGAGGAUAAGGUAGAGCCUGAGGCUGAUCCUGAAAGAGACCAGAGAACAGUUUUUGCCUAUCAGAUUGCUUUGAGGGCAACUGAAAGGGAUGUUUAUGAGUUCUUCUCUAGAGCAGGAAAGGUACGAGAUGUGCGGAUAAUCAUGGAUCGAAUUUCCAGGCGUUCCAGAGGAAUCGGGUAUGUGGAGUUUUAUGAAACAAUGUCAGUCCCUAUGGCUAUAGCUCUAUCUGGACAGCCUCUUCUUGGUCAGCCUGUUAUGGUAAAACCAUCUGAAGCUGAGAAGAAUCUUGUUCAGUCAACAACUGCUGCCGCUGGAGCAGGAGGGAUGCUGGGCCCCUAUUCUGGCGGUGCUAGACGUCUUUAUGUUGGUAACCUGCAUGUUAACAUGUCAGAAGAUGAUCUGCGAAAGGUUUUUGAAUCAUUUGGGAGUGUGGAGCUGGUACAAGUACCUCGGGACGAAACUGGCCAUUGCAAAGGAUUUGGUUUUGUUCAGUUUGCUCGCCUGGAGGAUGCUAGGAAUGCAGUGAAUCUGAAUGGGCAGUUGGAGAUUGCAGGUCGUGCAAUCAAGGUGUCAGCGGUAACAGAUCAAACUGAAGUCCCAGACGCUGGACAAGCGCAAAACACUGGUGAUCUGGAUGAUGAUGAUGGAGCGGGCCUGUCUCUGAAUGCACAAUCGCGGGCUGCACUCAUGAUGAAGCUCGAUCGCAGUGGAACUGCAUCAAGCACUGGCCUUACUGCAGUUCCAUCUAUGCUCGGUGCAACUUCGACCGUUUCUCCGUUGGUGGCUCCUCUUGUACAAGGGGGUUUCCCUGCUGUUGCUGGACUCGCAGGGCUCGGUGUAAAUGUUCCAGCUGUUGUCGACCCAGUUGGUGUCCCCAGCGAAUUUCUACUGCUUAAAAACAUGUUUGAUCCAUCCACAGAGACUGAACUUGGUUUUGAUAAGGACAUCGAGGAAGAUGUUAGAGAUGAAUGCUCCAAGUUCGGAGAACUGAAUCAUAUCUUUGUUGACAAGAACAGCAUGGGUUUUGUCUACUUGAGAUUUGAGAAUGCACAAGCAGCAAUGGGAGCCCAACGUGCUCUCCAUGGAAGAUGGUUUGCCGGGAAGAUGAUUACAGCUACUUACAUGACUACAGAGACUUACGAGGCCAAGUUCCCUCAGAGUAAGUAGAGGGAGCUUCAUGAGAACUUAAGCCUUGUAUUCUGGUGGAGCUGAGAAAGAGUUUUUUUUUACGGUCUUUAAAGCAUCAGUGAAGAUGGUAUUUAAGAUAAUGAAAGCUUUUGUCAUAUGGCUAUUAAAGAAAUCCAAAUCUUUGACGAACGUUUAUUGUAUUAUUAAACUCUCUCGAUAUUGUGUGUGUUGGUUACUUUCUGUCUUUCACUGAUGACAACCUUUCUUUAAGUUCAAUUUAGUAGUAUCUUGUAUUA